AUGGCGUCGCUCGUGCGCGCGAUGGUGAACGGCACCGCGGUGGUGAACGCGACGAAGGUGCAAGAGCUGCUGAACGACGUGGACGCGGCGAUGGACUGGAAGAACGACCCGCUGAGGUACCUGUGGGCGACGGCGAGCGCGGUGUCGACGUUCAUGUGGUUCGGGUUCGCGGGCGAUAACUUGCAGUACUAUCGCAUGAACGGUGGGUUGGCGUACGCGGGCGGGGCGACGAAUCGAAGCGUGUGGGCGGAGUCGUUCGGGAAGUCUGGGGUGUUUUUGUUGGCGUAUCGAGCGUGCGCGACGGCGGCGUGCGCGUACUACGAAGUGCGAGAGAAAAUCGCGCCGCGAUUGACGGUGAACGCGGAGACGGAGAUGUAUGGGUUGGACAUGUCGUACUUUUUGAAUCUGCACGAUUGGACCGUGCACUCGGUGACGCUGUUUUUCUUUUUCGCGACGCUGGCGUCGCUCGCGGGGAUGUGUUCGAGAACGGCGACGCACGAUCACUACCUCGGCCACAGCGGGCGGUGUAACACGUUGGGACACUGGGUUAUGGCGCUGUACACCAUCGCUUUCACGAUGAGCGUUUCAUUUCUCGUCAUCGUGCUCUUUGAGGCGGCGUUCGCCCCGCAGUGCGUGCCGUCGAGCGCGAGAGGGAAGUUGACGACGUUUCUCGAUCCCGCCUCGCGCCUGUGUUACCUCGAGCCGCAAUACAUGAUAGGGUACUUGGGCAACGUCUUGUUGUUGCUCAUCGAGGCCUCUCUCGGGCGAUUGGUGUUCCCAAAGUGCUACAUGUCGCAGCCGAUCUUUUACGCCAGCACGUUUUUCAUCAUCGGUCAGUUCAACGUCAUGGUGCUGAACGGCGACUGGGCGUACCAGUGGACGAAUUAUUGGCGUCGAGAAACCGUGGUGUACCUGAACGCGUUCUUGUGUCUCGUCAUGUUCACUCACUUGGUGUUGGUGAAGUUUUUACGCGCGAAUUCGAAUUCGAAGCUGGCGAAAAACGUCGAGGAGCGCGUUCCCUUGUUCAUGUAA